AUGCCUGCCAAGGUGCGCUGGACCGCUGAGAAUGAUCAGAUACUUUUCAUGAAGAUCCUCGAGACUCAUGAGAUCAGCGUCGAUUCCGGAAAGGUGGCUGCUGCGUGGCCUGGAGAAGAGGAGUCACGUCCCACUGGCAGGGCCAUCAAAGAGAGAAUAACCAAGAUCAAGGAGAUCCUCAAGAACUCGACCGGAAAAAGCCUAGCAGGACCCUCGACUCCGGGGAAACGGCCUCGCAACAAGGUCGCAAAAACCCCCAAGGCCCCUAAGACCCCAAAGGAUUCGACCCCAGCUCGAAGGAGCCGAAAGAAGAAUAACGAAAACUCUGUCAAAUUUGAGGCCCCUAUCAAGGUUGAAUCUACCGACGAGGAUGAUGAGGCCUCCGAAGAGGCCGCCGUGAAGACCGAGGAGGCUGCGGUGAAGACCGAGGCCGCCAUGAGCGAGAGCGAUGCCAAAGCCCCCGGAGAGCAUGAAACCUGGUCGGAUCUUGAAGAAGAGCUCUAA